CAAACAUGAAGUCGGCUUCAGAAGAGCCAGUCCCAUUACAUGAAGAAUUUAUCUACUGUUGUGGAGCUGCUACCCAUGUCUUGAAGUGUGGGCCAUGGAAGGACCUUUCAAAAGAUGAAAGCAAAAAUCUACCUAGGCUUUUAUUCAUGAUUAUUCCUGGUAAUCCUGGACUGGCAGGUUAUUACAGGACCUUUAUACAGGCCUUAUAUUGUGGACUAAAUCAGCAGUAUCCUGUUUGGGUUGUGAGCCAUGCCGGACAUUGUAAACCUCCUAGUGGUAUGGAAAUGAUAGAAGACACAGAUAUUAAAGAGCUAGAGGAUGUUUUUGGACUUAAUGGACAAGUAGAGCAUAAGCUGAACUUCCUCAAAAAGAAUGUAUCAAAAGAUAUAAAGCUGGUACUGAUUGCUCAUUCUAUUGGUUGCUACAUCACACUGGAGAUGAUGAAGCGAGCAUCAGAACUUCAGGUUCUUCGCUCUGUGCUGCUCUUCCCGACGAUAGAGCGGAUGGCUCAGUCCCCUCAGGGAAAGCUCAUGACCCCUUUGCUGUGCAAACUUCGUUAUGCUCUGUACAUGCCCGUCUACCUGCUGUCCUUCCUACCAGAGGGAGUCAAAGCCUCUCUGGUGCGCUUUGCUCUGCGAGGUAUGAAGACCUGUGAUGAAUCUUCCAUAACAACCUCCAUAAACCUCUUCAGCGUGGACUGCAUUGCCAACAUUUUAUAUAUGGCAAGCCAAGAAAUGAUGAAGGUCGUAGAGAGAGACAGUACAACCAUAAAGCAAAAUUUAAAGAAGCUGAUUUUUUACUAUGGAACCGGGGACAGCUGGUGUCCCCAGCACUACUACGAUGAGAUCAAAAUGGAUUUUCCAGACGGGGACAUUCGACUUUGUGAGAAAGGGCUCCGCCACGCCUUUGUGCUAGAUGCCAGCAAGGAGAUGGCUGCCAUGAUUACCGACUGGUUACAAGAUGAUCUGACCAAGUUAUAA